GAUUGGAUUACAUUAUGUGAAAGGGACAAGGUGGGGGAAUUCUAUGAAAGGAAGUCCCAAGAUGAUCGAAGCAUCAUUUGUUCUGAUGUUACCAAUUUGUCCUUGAAAAUUUUAAAUUUUGCUUUGGAAAAAUUAAGUUGUAUAAUCUUUUUUUUAAAAUUAUGAUAGCUUUUUAUUUACAAGAUAUAUGUGAGGUUAAUUUUUCAACUCUGACCCUUGCAAAAUCUUUUGUUCCCAUUUUUCUCCCUCCUCUCCACCCCCUCCCCCAGAUGGCAGAUAGUCCAAAAUUGUAUAACCUUUUACAAAGACAGUUAUAUGUAAAGCAAAAUAGAGAUUUCUCCAUUAAAUAAAUUUCACUGUAUUAAGAAUUAAAACCCAAUGGAGAUCUAAUCUAGCCCUUCCCAUGGCACAGAGGUGACCUUAGCCACUGAUGAUUAUAUUGACAAAUGUCAAUAUUUCAUCAAAUGGAAUUUUUAAAUAACAGACUAAUCAUGUCUUUUGCAAAAGAAAACUAGUAAAUUUGACAGCUCCCAUCACCAGGUGGUCAUAAAGGGUCUAUAGUGAAGCAAUCAGACAAAAAGCAUUUUUAAGUGUCUACUAUGUGCUAGGCACAAUGCUAAGCACUAGGGAUACAGAAAAAGGCAAAAAAAAAAACAAAAAAAAAAAAAAACAAAAAACAAAAAACAAAAAACCCAACCCCUGUUUUCAAGAAGUUCACUGUCUAAUCUGAGAGAUAAUAUGCAAACCACUAUGUUAAUGGUUGAGGGUAAGGUAUAAGAAGACUAGAAAGGUGAAAGAAUGACAGAUUAUGAAGGGUUUUGAAUGAUAAAGAAAGGAAUUCACAUUAGAUCCUGGAGAUGAUGGAAACCAUGGAGUUAACCAAGCAGUAGGGUGACACAAUUAGACUUCAGGAAGAUCAAUUUGACAGUUGAAUGGAGGAGGGAAGGAAGGGUGGAAAGGCUUGAGGCACAGAGUUUAAGCAGCAAGCUUUUGCAAACAGCUCCAGGAGAGAUGAGGAGAGGCCCUGCCAGCAUAGUGGCAGUGUGAGAGGAGUGAAGGAUGGACUUCAUAACUGAUUGAAUGGGAGGGUGAGAGAGAAGGCAGGGUCAAUGACUAGCUCAGUGCCACAUCUGGGUAACUGUAAAGAUUGAUGUGCCCUCCAAAAGAAUGGUAGUUAGAAAGGCAGGGAGUGAAGGGAUAUGGAGAUGAACUCAUUUUGGACAUCUUGAAUUUAGAAUGUCUAACAGGCAGCCAAAAAUGUGACAUCUGAGAUGGAAAGAGAGGUCAGAACUGGAUAAAAGAUCUGAGAAUUGUCAGCAUAUAGAUAACUGAAUCCAUGACAGCUAAAUAAUCUACCUAUGGGAAUCCAAUAUUCUGUUUAUGAAAGUGUUAAGGGCAAAAAAAAAAAAAAAAAAAAAAAAAAAGAAAGUGUUAAGGGCAUCAGCAGACUGAAUGUCUCAUACUGACAAAAUCACAGAUAUUUAAAUUAAUGAAGACUUCAGCAAAAAAUAUAAAAAUUGAGGGCCUUGGGGGGGUCAUCAUAAUGUAAUCUUUCCUACACUCCUUAAGGUAUUUGGCUUUCUGUAAGGUACCUUACUUCUGUCUAUAAAACAAAGCAUUAAGAGGUUAGUUAGUAUGAGUCAUUUUAAGGAGAUGAUAAAGAAACAGCGAUCUUGUAACAAAGAUGACAGUUAUUAAAUUCAGAAAUGUAACCUGGAUGACUAUGGUUGUUAGAUACAAACAGAUCUAAGAUUUUAAAAGGUCUUGACAGUCCAGAAUUUCUAACGAAAAUGAAAAUGACUAUAAAAUCUAUACAUUUAGGUUAAAAAAAAAAAAAUCUCACAUACAUAUAGAAAAUGGUAGAGGGAGGCAGCUAGGUGGCACAGUGAAUAGAGUAGAGCACCAGUCCUGAAGUCAGAAGGAUCUGAGUUCAAAUCUGGUUUCAGACAACUUAACACUUCCUAGCUGUGUGACUCUGGACUCUGGGCAAGUCACUUAACUCUAAUUGCCUAAAAAAAAAAAAAGGAAAAAGUAGAGAACUGGCUCAACAACAAUUAGGGGGGAAGGUGAAUCAGAGAGGGGAAAGAGGGAUUUCUGCUGACUCCAAACUUGUAACACUUUGUGAGCAAGUGUUCAGACAUAGACUGAAAGAGCACUUUCUACAUGGGGGAGUUUAGAUUAGAUGAUCUCUUAAGGUUCUUGUAUAAUUCUCUGUUCUAUAAUAUGAUUCCACCCCACAAGAAAGUAAAGUGGAGAAGCUGGACUGGAGGACCACAAAAGAAAAUUAUAGAGUUGAGUACUUUCUAUUUUCACCACUAAGAAAAUAAUAAGUCAUCCAGGUGCCACAAAGAGUACAAUCUCAUUAGGCAGGUAGGUGCAGGAUGUCCUGUGGUGCCAAGAUGGCCAGUCCCGAAACUGUAGAGAUGUUCUGGUGCCUUUCUCAGAAGUUUAUGUACUUCUGGCACUAUGCCUGAACUACUGGCAUGUGGAGGGGGUAGCCAUGCUGUUCAUAGAUAGUAGCUCAGGUAAAGCAGCAACAUCCAUUUUGCUCAGUGUGGGAAGUAUUAUAGGGAAGAGUAUAACCUCUGCUGCUCCCUGAAGUUUGCCAGAAACCGUCACUUAAAAGGUAUGGGGGAAGUGAAGGAACAGAAGAAAGCCAUUUGUGCCUCUGGUGUUCUCUUGUGAUCUGAGAAAACAAUUAAUUGGGAAAGAAAGAAUUGGCAGAACUGAUAGAAGAUGCCCAGGAGAAGGAAAGAGUGGGGUCCCAAUCCCACUAGUGGCUCUGUAAACCUUGGAAUGGACUUGGAAGAUAACAUGGUUUAUGGCCUCACUUAUAAAAAAUUCACCUUUGGGGAUAAUUAUUGGAGCCCAGGGCCUCAUAAUAAGCCAGAAGGACAGAAAGCCCUCUCAGAUGGGAAAUAUCAUGCUUGGAAAACGAUGAUCCCAAUUCGCCCCAAAUCAAAGUCCUCCAUGGCACAUCCUGUGGAUGAUGCUGGCUUGAUCUCUUACCUCACUAAUUCAUGGCUAACACCUCUCAUGAUCCAGGGCUUCCAGGAACGACUAAAUGAGCAUACUGUGCCUCCUCUAUCCAUACACGACAGCUCAGAAAAGAAUUCUAAAAGGCUUAGAUACCUCUGGGAAGAAGAAGUUGCAAGAUAUGGUUAUGAAAAAGCUUCUGUGACUCGUGUGCUCUUCAGGUUCCAGAGAACAAGAUUUUGCUUUGAUGUGUUGGCAAGCAUAUUCUUCAGUAUCAUGAGUGUCUUAGGACCAGUGCUACUUGUGCCAAAGAUCCUUGAAAAUAGUAUAGAUGUAUCUAAGAAUCUUUCCUAUAGCAUCGGACUCUGCUUUGCUCUUUUCUUCACUGAGUGUUUAAAGUCUCUUGGCCUGUGUGCAUGUUGGACCAUCAACCAUCGAACAGGAGCAAGAUUGAGAACAGCUGCAUGUUCACUGGCUUUUGAAAAACUCAUGGAAUUUAGGUCUUUAACCCAUAUUUCUGUUGGAGAAACCAUUAGCUUUUUUACCAGUGACAUCAAUCACCUAUUUGAAGGGGCUUGCUUUGGUCCUCUGAUUACCAUCACAUUAGCAACAAUAGUUGCUGCUUCUGCUUCCACUUACGUCACUCUUGGUCCCACAGCAUUCCUAGGAAUUGUCUGCUACCUCCUGAUUUUUCCCCUGCAGGCAGUUUUGACCAAGAUUAUUGUGAGGUUACAACAUAAGACUGCUGAGGUCAGUGAUAAGAGAAUCCGAAUCACAACUGAAAUUCUCACCUGCAUUAAGCUGAUUAAAAUGUACUCUUGGGAAAAACCGUUUUCAGCCAUCAUUAAAGCUUUAAGAAGCAAGGAGCAGAAAUUAUCGGAAAAAUGUGGAUUUCUUCAGAGCCUCAAUACUUCUGUUUUGUUCAUUGCACCAACUGUGGCUACUGUUGUGAUGUUUCUUGCCCACACAGGUUUAAAGCUAGAACUCACUACAUCAGUAGCAUUUACUGCUGUGGCAACCUUGAAUACACUGAGGCUGUCUGUUUUCUUUGUACCUUUUUCUACCAAAGGAUUUACGAAUUCAGAGUCAGCUGCACAGAGAUUGAAGAAAUUUUUCCUGAAGGAAUGCCCUGCAUUUUAUGUCCAGGAACUGAAAGGCUCUGCUGCAUUGGUUUUUGACAAUGCCACCUUGUCUUGGGAAUGGAAUGAUAGUGGGAUCUGCAAUGGAGCUAUGGAGAUGAAUGGAAAGGGGGACUGUGCUGACAAACCUGUCAUGGUGUCAUCUCAAGUGAAGAAUCAGAGGCUCAGCCAACUUGGAGAGAGAAAGACCAGCCUGGGUCCAGUGUUGCACAAUAUAAACAUUGUGGUACCAAAGGGGAAGAUUUUAGGAAUUUGUGGAAACACAGGAAGUGGAAAGAGCUGUCUAUUAUCGGCUAUUCUAGGGGAGAUGAAUUUACACUCUGGGUCUGUGGGGGUGAAUGGAAGUCUGGCCUAUGUGCCCCAGCAAGCAUGGAUAUUCAGUGGGACUGUCAGAAGUAAUAUACUCAUGGGAGAAAAAUACGACCAAGCAAGAUAUCACCAGGUGAUCUAUUCCUGUUCACUGAAGAGGGAUCUGGAAAUUUUGCCCUAUGGAGACAUGACUGAAAUUGGGGAACGGGGCCUCAACCUCUCAGGGGGCCAGAGGCAGAGGAUAAGCUUGGCACGCGCUGUAUAUGCUGACCGUGACAUCUACCUGCUGGAUGACCCGCUUUCUGCGGUGGAUGCCCAUGUUGGGAAGCACAUAUUUGAAGAAUGCAUUAAGAAGGCACUUAGUGGGAAGACCAUGGUUCUGGUGACUCAUCAGCUGCAGUAUUUAGAAUUUUGUGACUACAUCAUUUUAUUAAAGGAUGGGAAAAUAAGUGAAAGUGGAACUCACGAUGAAUUAUUGCAGAAGAAGGGACAAUAUGCCCAGCUCAUUCAGAAAAUAUGUGGGGAGACUGUACAGAAUGCAACAGAUGGGGCUAAAAAUAUAGCAGAGAAGACAGAGGUGGAUCUCUACUCCCAGGAGGGAUUCUUCAAUGAAAACCCAGUGUUAGAGACUCAGCUUACUGAAAAGGAGGAAAUGGAAGAAGGUUCCCUGAGCUGGAAAGUCUAUCACUAUUACAUCCAGGGAGCAGGAGGUUAUAUCAUCACUUUCCUGACUUUUUUUAUCAUGAUGGUGAAUGUCAGCCUGACAACCUUCAGUUUCUGGUGGUUGAGCCACUGGCUCCAUCGGGGCUCAGGGGCUAGUAACAGCACCAGGAUCAAUGGAACAAAAUACAUGGGCCCAGGAAGCCUCUUGGACAAUCCCCAGAUCCAUAUUUACCAAAUAGUGUAUGGAGUAUCUGCCCUGGCACUGAUUUUUACGGGUGUCAUGUCAUCGGACUUUUUCACCAGGACUACAAGGAAGGCUGCCACCGUCCUUCACAACACUCUCUUUAUGAAGAUUCUCCAUUGCCCUAUGAGUUUUUUUGACACAACUCCUAAUGGUCGUUUCUUGAACUGUUUUUCUGGAGACUUGAAUGAGUUGGACCAGAUGCUGCCAAUGGUUGCGGAAGAAUUCUUACUUUUGUUUUUUGUAGUGGUGUCUAUUUUGAUCAUUGUGAUCAUACUCUCUCCUUAUUUCCUGAUUGUUGGAAGCAUCGUUGGUAUUAUCUUUUUAAUUUUAUUUCAAGCUUUCAAGAAGACCAUCAAUGUGAUCAAGAGGCUAGAGAACUAUAGCAGAUCUCCACUCUAUUCUCACAUCAUUACGUCUCUGAAUGGCCUGAGCUCUAUACAUGUCUAUGGGACAGCCAAUGACUACAUCCAAGAAUUCAGAAGGCUCACAGAUAACCACUGUAACUAUGUAUUCCUGUUUGUGUCUACGACACGUUGGAUCUCAUUGAGACUUGAGCUCCUAACCAAUCUGAUAACCCUAGCUGUGGCCUUGUUUGUGGUUCUGAGUCCUUCUUCUAUAAGCUAUUCUUACAAAGCCAUGGCCAUGAGCUACGUCCUACAGUUGGCUGCAAAUUUUCAAGCUUGUGCAAGAUUAGGUUCAGAAACAGAGGCCAGGUUCACUUCUGCAGAGAGGAUACUCCAGUAUAUGAAGGUAAUUAUCAGACCUUCAACCAAUCAAAAUGCAGCAGGCCAUAAGCUGUCGGUUCCUGAAUCCUCUUUACACAUCAAAGGGGUGAGCUGUCCCCCAGGUUGGCCACAGCAAGGGCAAAUAGUCUUCAAGGAUUAUCAGAUGAAAUACAGAGACAAUACACCAAUAGUUCUCAAUGACAUCAACUUGACCUUUUACAGCCAAGAAGUGGUGGGCAUCGUGGGAAGAACAGGUUCUGGAAAGUCCUCUUUGGCAGUGGCUUUAUUCCGGCUGGUGGAGCCUGCUGCUGGCAGCAUCUAUAUUGACAACGUUGACAUCUGUAGCCUCGGCCUAGAGGAUCUGCGGUCCAAGCUGUCAAUCAUCCCUCAAGAUCCUGUCUUGCUAUCAGGCACCAUAAGAUUCAAUUUAGACCCCUUUGAAAGUUACACUGAUGAGCAAAUCUGGCAAGCUUUGGAAAGAACAUGCUUAACUAAAACUAUUUCAAAACUCCCAGAAAAACUGUUAGCUGAAGUUGUGGAAAAUGGUGGAAACUUCUCUGUUGGGGAAAGGCAACUUCUUUGCAUAGCUAGAGCCCUCCUGCGCAAUUCCAAGAUCAUAUUAAUAGAUGAAGCUACUGCCUCCAUUGAUGUGGACACUGAUGCCCUGAUCCAGCACACAAUUCGAGAAGCAUUCCAUGGUUGUACGGUACUAAUCAUUGCACAUCGCAUCACAACUGUCCUGGAUUGUGAUCGCAUCUUAGUCCUGGACAAUGGAAAGGUAUUGGAGUAUGACAAACCAGAAGUCUUACAACAGAGACCUAAUUCGGCAUUUUCAGCUUUGCUGGCAGCAGCACAUAAAAACAUAAAGUUAGAACAAUAGUGUAUGGGAGAACUCUAAGUGGAUCUGGAGUUCAGAGAUAGAACUAGUUCAACCACUGAGCUCUGAAAUCCUCAAAGCAAAUAGAGAUAUUGAUAUAAAUACUCCAAUGAACUUAGUUUAUUCAGAAAACCAGAUCAUGUUAGCAUUUGAAGAUAAUGUUAGAGCAGAAAGGACAGUUUUUUUAAUUUAAAAAAAAAUUCAGUACUUAAAAAAAAACACUAACUAAAUGAGUAUUUCUAUAUAUAAUAUGGAAAAGGAAAGGACUGUACAUGAAACUGAAUCUCUAUGAUGUAGAGCUUGCUUUUCUUUUUAAGGAUACAAUAAAAUCAACAUCUAACUUUGA